AUGAGGUUCUUCCUGCUUUGUGCCUACAUGCUGCUCCUGAUGAUUUCCCAGCUGAGGGCAGUCAGCUUUCCUGAGGAUGAUGAGCCCCUUAAUACUGUUGACUAUCACUAUUCAAGGCAAUAUCCGGUUUUUAGAGGACGCCCUUCAGGCAAUGAAUCGCAGCACCGGCUGGACUUUCAGCUGAUGUUGAAAAUUCGAGACACACUUUAUAUUGCUGGCAGGGAUCAAGUUUAUACAGUAAACUUAAAUGAAAUCCCCAAAACAGAAGUAAUACCGAGCAAGAAACUGACAUGGCGGUCAAAGCAACAGGAUCGAGAAAACUGUGCUAUGAAAGGCAAACAUAAGGAUGAAUGCCACAACUUUAUCAAAGUAUUUGUUCCAAGAAACGAUGAGAUGGUUUUUGUAUGUGGCACCAACGCAUUUAAUCCCAUUUGUAGAUUUUAUAGGUUGAAUACCUUAGAGUAUGAUGGGGAAGACAUUAGUGGCCUGGCAAGAUGCCCAUUUGAUGCCAAACAAACCAAUGUUGCCCUUUUUGCUGAUGGGAAGCUAUAUUCUGCCACAGUGGCUGACUUCUUGGCCAGUGAUGCUGUUAUUUACCGAAGCAUGGGCGAUGGAUCUGCCCUUCGCACAAUCAAAUACGAUUCCAAAUGGAUAAAAGAACCACACUUUCUUCAUGCCAUAGAAUAUGGAAACUAUGUCUAUUUCUUCUUUCGAGAGAUUGCUGUGGAGCAUAAUAACUUAGGCAAGGCUGUCUAUUCCCGUGUGGCCCGCAUAUGUAAGAAUGACAUGGGCGGCUCCCAGCGGGUCCUGGAGAAACACUGGACUUCGUUUCUGAAGGCUCGGCUCAACUGCUCUGUCCCCGGGGAUUCCUUUUUCUACUUUGAUGUCCUGCAGUCCAUUACAAACAUAAUGCAAAUCAAUGGCAUCCCCACGGUGGUCGGGGUGUUCACCACACAGCUCAACAGCAUUCCUGGGUCUGCGGUCUGUGCGUUUAGCAUGGAUGACAUUGAAAAAGUAUUCAAAGGACGAUUUAAAGAACAGAAAACUCCAGAUUCUGUUUGGACAGCAGUCCCAGAAGACAAAGUACCAACACCAAGGCCUGGCUGUUGUGCAAAGCAUGGCCUUGCUGAAGAUUAUGAAACCUCUAUUGGUUUCCCGGAUGAAACCCUAUUGUUCAUCAAAUCGCACCCCUUGAUGGACUCUGCCGUUCCACCCAUUGCAGAGGAGCCCUGGUUCACAAAGACUCGGAUCAGGUACAGGCUGACAGCCAUCGCCGUGGACCAUUCCGCCGGACCCCACCAGAACUACACCGUCAUCUUUGUUGGCUCAGAAGCUGGCGUGGUACUUAAAAUUUUGGCAAAGACCAGUUCUUUCUCUCUGAAUGACAGCGUAUUACUGGAAGAGAUUGAAGCAUACAACCAUGCAAAGUGUAAUCCUGAGAACGAGGAGGACAGGAAGGUCAUCUCAUUACAGCUGGAUAAAGAUCACCACACUUUGUAUGUGGCAUUCUCGAGCUGCGUAAUCCGCAUGCCCCUCAGCCGCUGCGAGCGCUACGGGUCGUGUAAAAAGUCUUGUAUUGCAUCUCGAGACCCCUACUGUGGCUGGUUAAGCCAGGGGACCUGUGGGAGAGUCACCCCAGGGACGCUCGCUGGAGGAUACGAACAGGACACGGAAUAUGGCCACACGGCCCACCUCGGGGACUGCGAUGAAAUUUUGCCUACUUCAACUACACCAGAUUACAAAAUAUUUGGCGGUCCAACAUCUGACAUGGAGGUAUCUUCAUCUUCUGUUACCACAGUAGCGAGUACCCCACAAAUCACACGCAAAGUGGUUGAUACCUGGAGACCUAAACUGACGAGCUCCCGGAAAUUUGUAGUUCAAGAUGACCCAAACACUUCUGAUUUUACUGAUCCUUUAUCAGGUAUCCCAAAGGGUGUACGGUGGGAAGUUCAGUCUGGAGAGUCUAACCAGAUGGUCCACAUGAAUGUCCUCAUCACCUGUGUCUUUGCCGCUUUUGUUUUGGGUGCAUUCAUUGCAGGGGUGGCUGUGUACUGCUACCGCGAUAUGUUCGUUCGGAAGAACCGGAAGAUCCACAAAGAUGCAGAGUCUGCCCAGUCAUGCACAGACUCCAGUGGAAGUUUUGCCAAACUGAAUGGUCUCUUUGACAGCCCGGUCAAGGAAUAUCAGCAGAAUAUUGAUUCUCCUAAAUUGUAUAGUAACCUGCUGACCAGUCGGAAAGAGCUGCCGCCCACCGGAGAUACCAAAUCCAUGGUCAUGGACCAUCGAGGCCAACCCCCUGAGCUGGCUGCACUCCCCACGCCUGAGUCUACCCCUGUGCUGCAUCAGAAGACCCUGCAGGCCAUGAAAAGCCACUCAGACAAGGCCCAUGGCCAUGGAGCUUCAAGGAAAGAAACCCCCCAGUUUUUUCCUUCCAGUCCUCCACCCCACUCCCCACUAAGUCACGGGCAUAUCCCCAGUGCCAUUGUUCUUCCUAACGCUACUCACGACUACAACACGUCCUUCUCAAACUCCAAUGCUCACAAAGCUGAGAAGAAGCUUCAACACAUCGACCAUCCUCUUACGAAGUCAUCCAGUAAGAGAGAUCACCGGCGUUCCGUGGAUUCCAGGAAUACCCUCAAUGACCUCCUGAAGCAUCUGAAUGAUCCAAAUAGUAACCCCAAAGCCAUCAUGGGAGACAUCCAGAUGGCCCACCAGACUCUAAUGCUGGAUCCCGUGGGACCUAUGUCGGAGGUCCCGCCCAAGGUCCCCAACCGGGAGGCAUCGCUCUACUCUCCUCCUUCCACUCUCCCUAGAAAUAGCCCAACCAAGCGAGUGGACGUGCCCACCACUCCUGGGGUCCCCAUGACUUCUCUGGAAAGACAGAGAGGUUACCACAAAAACUCCUCCCAGAGGCACUCGAUAUCUGCCAUGCCUAAAAACUUAAACUCACCCAAUGGUGUUUUGUUAUCGAGACAGUCUAGCAUGAACCGUGGCGGGUACAUGCCCACACCCACAGGGGCGAAGGUGGACUACAUUCAGGGCACACCAGUGAGUGUUCACCUGCAGCCUUCCCUCUCCAGACAGAGCAGCUACACCAGUAACGGCACCCUUCCGAGGACGGGGCUAAAGAGGACACCGUCCUUAAAACCGGACGUGCCACCAAAGCCUUCAUUUGCCCCUCAAACCACCUCUGUCAGACCCCUGAACAAAUACACGUACUAG